AUGCGAAAUGUUGAUGAAACCAUAAAACCGGUACUCUUACAAGUUAUAAUUACUAAGUUGUCAGGCAAGGCGUUCGCGAUAACCCAACAUAAAGAAAUUUCUACAUGGGAAAUACUUAGGGAUAAUUUAGAAGGCACUUUCUGUGCUACUCGCACACCCGGAUAUCUUCAGUUAGAGCUCACUACUACUAAAUUCCAACAAGGUGAAACGGUACGAGAUUAUGCAACGAGAGUAGAAAAACUAUUGCAUGAACUUUGUAACGUAAGCACAAAGGAUAAAUCAGCUGGUGACGCUAAAGCUAUACAUAAUUACAUAAAAGAAACAACUUUAACUACAUAUAUUGAAGGUUUACCAUCUACUAUUCGGGGUGUAGUCAAAUCCAAGAAUCACCCAACGUUAGAAGAAGCCAUAAAGGAUAGUUUAGAAGAAGAGAAGAUUUAUCAAUCAAAUAAAGGAACACAACGUUUGUUGAAUAACAAACCAAAUAAUAUGAAUAUUAGUAAAUAUUGCAAAUAUUGCCGAAAAACAAACCAUAAUACACAUGAGUGUAGAUUUGGAAACAACAAUGUCGAUACGGGACAGCAAAGUAAACAAUCCAAAGGAUUCAAUAAUCAAGGAAAUCAGGAGACUAAACAAGUAUCGUGUAUUUAUUGCAAGAAAACUGGUCAUACUAUAGAUGUAUGUUAUAAGAAGAAAAAUGCAGAUGAACGCAAAGGAAACCAGAAUAAUAAUAAUCAACCAUCAACGUCGGGAAACGGCAAGGAACCAGGCAAAGCGGGUGUCCGUCUGGUUCGCGAAUUGAAAAUGAUCACCCAAAAUUAA